AUGGCCCGAAUUGCACAAGCCAUCAGCGAAAUCGUCAACCCGAAGCCCACAGCGCUUGUUCCAGUGACUACGGGGUGUGAAGAGAUCGAGGUGGCAGCUCUUUGCGAUAUACUGGCUCGCGGUGGUGUUCGCGUGACGGUUGCGAGUGUUGAUGGGCAUCUCAACCACAUCGUAAAGCUCGCGAAGGGCACCGAUGUGCAAGCAGACAAGCCUAUUGAGUUUUGUGUCAAUGACGAGUACGAUAUCAUCGCGGUGCCUGGAGGUCCUGGAGCGAAGACGUUGGGUGCUAGUCAGACGUUGGCGUCGCUACUGAAAGAGCAAAAGAGUGCUGGGAAGCUGUAUGCUGCAGUUGGGGAAGCUGUGUACGACGUGCUGUUCCACAACGCGCUGGUUGAGGGGCCUAUGGCUGGUGAUCCAGCUGACAAGCUGGUGCUGAGCGAUCUGUACUCGGACGACAAAGUGGUGAUCGCGGAGAACUGCGUGACAAGCAAAGGCCCCGCCACAGCCAUUGCCAUGGCUGUGACACUCGUGGAACUGCUACGAGGUGAGAAGGCCGCACGUACGGUUGCCAAUGAGAUUGCGUUCAAGCCGAUCAAGAAAUGA